AAAAAAAAAACAUGAAAAGACGAACCUUAACACGCUGUUCGACCCGACAGCAAUGAUUCAAAAAUGAAUUGAAUUGUCACUUCCUCCAAGUCCAAACAUCGCUAGGUCUUAGGUUUCUAAUUUUGCCUAGUGCGUUGAUGCGCAUGCUCCCUGCAUUUAGCUAUGCGGUCGAGGAUGUCUGCCAGUAACAUGCAACCGAUGUCGAUGUGGCACUGGCAAGAAAGAUUUGAGCAUGUGGACGUGGAGGACGCGUGUCGACGGCAGAUCCUCAAGAUCCGCAAGUCCAAGUCGUACAGCCUCUGGCUGAAGGAAAAGCAAGCUAGUACGCAGCCUAGCGUGCAAACACUUGGUGGUGACGAUGAUAACCAGGAAAAACAAGCUGAUAUCGACGCUGCCUUCCGAGAUUGGCUCCGUCGUAAACGCACCAGCAAGAAGCAGAAGGGCGCUGUCGAUACAAAAAGCAAUUUGCAGUCGUGGUGUAAGCCUCCAUCUUUGCAUGUCAACCCCAAGACGAAGAAGCGAUCCACUCGCAAGGCGGAGCGUACGUCUUUGAAUGAAGCCAACAAGACACUGUAUCUGCAUCGGGAGCGUUCGGAAUCUGAGAAUCAACAGGCCUACAACGCCUGGCUAGCUCGAGUGCGUCAAGAAGACGGGGUCAGACGAACGCAACGCCGUGACGAGCUCGACAGACUCGAGCAGCAGCAACGUGAGAAGCACAAGAAAACUUGGCGGAAGAAAGUAGCGGUUUGUGCGUACUCAACCUUAGCACUCAAUAGCUAAUGAAUCAAUCCCCUAGCUAAAUAUCUGUCUCCUCC